AUGGUUUCUUCUCCAUCAUUUUAUUCUUUCCUAGCCAUAAUUUCUUUAGUGUUUCAUCUUUUUUGUAUUUCAUCCAUUACAGCCCAAAACAAUGGUUUCACUGUUAAAUUAUUUCGAAAACCCUCUUAUUCACGCUCACAUCUCAUGAGGUUAUCUAAAAAUAAUCCAAAUGCUGCACAUGCACCUGUACAUGCCUAUAUUGGCCAUUAUCUCAUGGAGUUGAAUAUUGGAACUCCACCAGUGAAAAUAUCAGGUAUUGCAGAUACAGGAAGUGACCUUACAUGGACCUCGUGUGAACCUUGCGUAGGGUGCUACAAACAAAUCGAUCCUUUGUUUAAUCCAUUAAAAUCUUCGACUUACAGUGAUGUCUCAUGUGAUACUCCUUUAUGUGACAAACUUGACACAAAGGAAUGUUCGCCUGAGAAGCGUUGCGAUUACACCUAUGCCUAUGCAAGUAGUUCCGUAACAAAAGGAGUUCUUGCACAAGAAACAAUUACCUUAACAUCAAACACAAAUGAACCUGUUUCUCUUAAAGGUAUUCUUUUUGGUUGUGGACAUAACAACACAGGAGGUUUCAAUGAUCAUGAAAUGGGUAUAGUUGGUCUUGGAAGAGGACCCGUAUCAUUCGUUUCGCAACUAGGUCCUUUACUUGGAGGCUUAAAGUUUUCUCAGUGUUUGGUUCCAUUUCUCACUGAUAUUAAAAUUUCAAGCAAAUUGAGUUUUGGAAAAGGUAGUGAAGUAUUAGGGCAAGGUGUGGUUACAACCCCAAUGGUUCCUUCUCCCACACCAGACAAGACACCAUACUUAGUUACAUUAGAAGGCAUUACUGUGGAAAAUACUUAUUUGCCCUUUAAAACUUCAGGGACUGUUGCAAAAGGUAACAUGAUGAUUGAUUCAGGAACACCACCAACUAUAUUACCUAAUGAUUUGUAUGAAAGAUUGGUUAAUGAAGUUAAGAAGAAAGUUUCAAUGGAACCCAUUCAAGAUGAUCCAAGUUUGGGAAAUCAACUUUGUUAUCAUACAAAUACUAGUCCUAAUGGACCAAACUUAACAUUUCAUUUUGAAGGUGCAGAUAUAGUUUUAACUCCUAUACAAAUCUUCAUUCCACAAAUAGAAAAAGUUGGUGUUAUUUGCUUGGGAGUAACCAACAAUAGUGCUGAUGGAGGCAUAUAUGGUAAUUUUGCACAAUCAAAUUAUUUAAUUGGGUUUGAUCUAGAAAGAGAAGAGGUAUCUUUCAAGCCAACAGAUUGCACCAGAGAUUAG